GAUUAUUUUUUUUUAAACAUCGAUUGCAUUGGAGUCUCCUACACUGGACUGGCUACAAGAGAGCGACGUCGCGGGGAUUGAAGUGGCGUCUGCGGGCAUGGGUUUGGUGUCUGCUGUUGAGCACUGAACAUGGCGGAGCAAAGGCAAGAUAUGUACAUAGAAGGCGAGAUCGCGGGAGAUCAUUACAUGGAGGACCCGGUAUGUAAGAAAACAUACGAUAAUUGCAUUAGGCCUUGCGUGAUACCAUUUGCAGGCUAGCCUACUGAUUUUUUUCUUGAAUGCGCAAAUGAUUGUAGGCUACAUAACAACGUAGGGUUUAGGGAUAUUCCAGGUAGCCUAUGGUAUUAUUACUGCAACACAUAUGCCACGUCGAUGUCCCACCUAUGUUACCUGAUUGAUAUGACAGUUUCGUAUGUUUAAACGGCAUUGUCUUGCCGCAAUAUAUCCAUCCACUGGGGCGCGUCUUGCGCGCCUGCGUAAUGUGGCAGCAGCAUGUGUGGUUCUGAACAACAAUAUAAUUGCACCCUCAAACAACUACUUAAAACAGCUGUUCAUAUAGGCCACUGAGAUGCUAGACAUAUGUGGGCCCGCUGCCACUUUAGAAUUCCGAAACCUCAAGGCACUCGCUCAUCUCAUACAUUUCAGACAUGUUCUCAUGUUGUCUUAAAGUUUUAAAAUUGUCUCAUACUGCAUAGUCCUACACUACCCCUUAUGACACUGCAUAUUUCAGAUGUUUUGGCAUUACCCUUUCUAUAUAGGAGCUUGAAGCCAUCAAGGCACGGGUGCAAGAGAUGGAGGAGGAGGAGAGGCUGAGAGCGGUGCAGUAUGAGGCAACAGAGAGACAUAUCCAGGCAGGUGAGCUCCAACUCCUGUUCAGCCUUGCCAGUUGGCCCACACCUGAGCCCAUCUGCUGGGCUGGCCUGCCACGGUGUAGCUCACAUGAGCCUCAUCAUUGCCCAAUGAGACAAGCAGUGAGCCGCAGCGUAUCCUCAUUGCCCAAGGCCCGGCAACCUCUAUUUCAGGUUAUCCCUUCCUCUGAUGGAAUGGGACUGUCUCUUUAGUGUCUUCUCGCAAACACCUCUUGAUAAAAUAUCUAACUAGUCCUCAAUUCCUCUAGGUGUUGUUGUAAGUAGUUGCUUUGUGUUUGUCUUAAUUUCUAUUGUGUGCAAUAUGCUCCAGUGUUCUCUUCUGUUCAAAACAGCAGGAAUGUUCUAUACAAUGACCCAUGAGGAAAGGAUAGAUGCUGACAACAGAUCUGUCUAUGUGGGGAAUGUAAGGUUUAUCUAUUUAAGGUCUACAUUUAUCUUUAGCAUUCAUGUCAAGUUAUACACACAUCCUAUUUGAUAUGAUAUCCACAAAGUAACUGAGGGUCCUCAUGCGUAGACUCAUGAUGUUUUCUGAAAAUGAAAACAGGUGGAGUAUGGUGCCACUGCAGAUGAGUUGGAGAUCCAUUUCAAUGGCUGUGGUCCUGUCAACAGAGUAACCAUCCUUUGUGACAAAUUCUCGGGCCAUCCCAAGGGGUGAGGUUAACUAUCCAUUCCAUCAUGUGGGACCUCAGUUUCAAUGCGAAGUCCAAUUACAAAUAGUUUAUGCACCAUUUUAAUUUGUUUCUUGGACAUUUUGUAUGUUCUGCUUACAAUUUGAGUAUUUUAUUGUGUAUAAGUUGACAACUUUCUUUCUCCCAGUUUUGCAUACAUUGAGUUCCAUGACAGGGACUCAGUGCAGACUGCCAUGAGCCUGGAUGAGACGGUAUUCAGAGACAGAGUCAUAAAGGUUAGUAGGAAGGGAAAACCAGAAUUCUAAACUCAAAACACACUUGAUUGAUAAAGUUGCACAAUCAUGAAUAAAUCGAGCCGAAUAAAGUUUUCCUGUUAAUUGUAAAAGAUGAUUCCAGGUAUUUUAGUAGGUUAUUUCUGUGGCCUUUGCAUUGCAGGUAUUGCCUAAAAGGACCAACAUGCCAGGAAUCAGCACCACAGACAGGGGGAUUCACAGAGGUGCUCGAUCCAGGGGACGAGGUUUCCACCCACCCAGAUACAACAAUGGGUAUCAACAAGGCAGGUUCCGCUACAACACUGGCCCAGCCAGGUCAGUCUCACCACACCCCUACGGGCCCCCAGCUGGGAAGAGACACUGGGGGGUUCCUGAGCACCGUGAGCAGGGCCCUAAACGGCACCCAUGCCUUCUCCUCAUAACCCCACCCACUGACCACUCGGGGCCAGGGCACAGUGGACACAUGCACCCGCAGCAACACUACUGAAUCACGUCUGGAUUCAAGUGAUUGUUUGAUAUCAACAUGGAAUGAGAAUUUCAGGAAAUUGUGACUUGCUCGUCUCUACUCGACUCAUUUGCUAAUUAUUUUCUAUGCAUGUUAAUGGGCAGAAAUCGAGAGAAAGGCACAGAUUUCAACCUCGUCAUUGAAUUCAUUCAUGUGGCGUCUUUUGUUAACAGCCUCCAUAAAAAGCUAUUGCAACUUAAUCCUAACAAGUCAGACUUUGCAAUGGCCAUUUUUACCUCUUAUUGUACGGGAAAUGGAAGAGGCCAGCCUUGGUUUGCUGCUUAAUACUGUAAAAGAUUGAGCCUAUGGUAUUUUAUUUCUUGAGCAGUUUUACUGUGCCAUUAUUUACCCCAAGAAUUGUUUGAAUGCACAACCAUUUGCCAAUGUCAGAUACUUUUUUUGUAAGGAUGUUUUGAUCAGAUCACUCAUUUUGUUGGUGUGUGGCUAUUGAGCUUGUAAAUAAGUGUAGUUGUUGUAAAACACCAAACGCAAAUGAUAAAAUGUGGGGUGUGAUUGGCUUUCUUUUGUAUUUCUUUUGUAACUAUAUUGACAUGCAAUUGGCAGUUUGAGCGAUUGAGUUGUUGCUAUGUACUUGAAGCAAUGUUUAUUGCUGUGUAUAAUUUUCAAACAUCUUUGCUUUAGAAAUUAAUAAAUGAAUAGUUACACUUGAUAGUGCUUCCUUGAAAUGGAGUAAAUGAUCCAGAGGUUCUGAUGGAC